GGCCUGUAUUUCACUUCGCAAAGAAAGUAGAAUGGUAAUAUUUAUUAUUAGGUCCUGUUUGUUAUAGUCAUAAAAGUUCCAUACCGCGGCUGAAAUUCUUUAUUUUGUUAUUUUUUUUAAUGAGAUGAUGCUCUAAAUGUGCGGCAAAUAACCAAAGGAAUCGGACGAUUAAUACAUAAGUUUGCUAAGCGGAACAAGAAACCAGCUUAGUCGGUCCCAUGAGUCGAAACGGCUGUACGUAUUUCAAGGAAAAUUAAAGCACACGCCCACUGCAGCCGCAGCUAACGGUACUGUCAUUUUUUACGUCGCUGACGGUUUGCAUCAAGGCAAAUCCUUUCCUGAGCACCAGAGACAGGGUUAGGGGAGAAGGUUCUUCACCCAAAGCAGUUAAACCUCUCACACACACACACACACACACACACACACACACUCUCCAGCAGCCAUGUCUCUAGCACUGAAGCAGGUCUUCAACAAGGACAGGACGUUCCGGCCCAAGAGGAAGUUCGAGCCGGGCACGCAGCGCUUCGAGCUCCACAAGAAGGCCCAGGCGUCGCUGAACGCCGGGCUGGACCUGAAGCAGGCGGUGCAGCUGCCCCACGGCGAGGGGCUCCACGACUGGGUGGCCGUGCACGUGGUGGACUUCUUCAACCGCAUCAACCUGAUCUACGGCACCAUCAGCGACUCCUGCACCGACCAGUCCUGCCCCGUCAUGUCGGGCGGGCCCAAGUACGAGUACCGCUGGCAGGACGACAGCAAGUACAAGAAGCCCACGGCCCUGCCCGCGCCCAAGUACAUGAGCCUGCUGAUGGACUGGAUCGAGGUGCAGAUCAACAACGAGGACAUCUUCCCCACCAACGUCGGUACUCCUUUCCCCAAGACCUUCAUGCAAGUGGCCAAAAAGAUCCUGUCCCGCCUGUUCCGGGUGUUUGUGCACGUCUACAUCCACCAUUUCGACCGCGUGACCCAGAUGGGGGCGGAGGCUCACGUCAACACCUGCUACAAGCACUUCUACUACUUCAUCACAGAGUUCAACCUCACAGACCACAAAGAGCUGGAGCCACUGAAAGAGAUGACAUCACGGAUGUGCCACUGAGAAGGACCCCCUCCAGGACCCCGUUCCCAAACGGACACGUUCCCCCCCCCCGGAGGCACCCAGCCCACCUCCCAGGACGGGAGACCGAACACAAUCUGAAAAUAAUCUAUUUUUGUAAACGUACUGUAACAAUCUGUUUCGCAAGAGAGCUUUAUCGCAGCCUAUUUUCUACUGUUUUUGCGGAGCUGAGAAGUUUCAUUAGUGCAGUAUGAAGCAAGCAAUAUUUUUUUGUGUGUGUGGGGGGAGGGGGGGAGAAAUGUUUCUGUUGAUGUUGUUCUGCCUUUCUUUUCAGUGUGAAGCACAUGACUUUUACAUAUUGUGUUUUUAAAAACAUUUUUUAAAGUACUUUUGAGUCUCACCCACCUGCUACAAGCGAUAUAGGAAAUCCUUGAUGGGUAGGUUGUGUGGAGCAGACGAACCAAAGUUUUCUAGUGUUGGGCGCGACAUUUUGUGAACCUGAUUGAGAGUAGAGAGAACUGCUUGGAUAACUGUGGACCAGUAAAGAUGGCCUUCGAGGUUGCUCGUGGAGUAUGCAGUAUGAAGUAUGAAGUCUAUCGCAGACUUGACCAGCAUGACAUACUGUUCACCAGCUUAGGAUAAGCAGACCUCUCCUCCUUUCACAGCAAUCAUUGGUACUGAGCUGUUUCACAAACCGCUUCUCUCUCCCGCCUCAAAUCCUUUCACAUAUUUUGCUACUUUUGUUUGUUUUACUGUCGAGAAUUUCUAAUCUUGUUGCUUUAUUCUUCUCUCCCAUUCCUUUGUUCUUGUCGUUUUUAUUGACUGCAUAUUUUAUAAGUUAAUAAAGUUGAUUUUUGCUUCUGUGCACUGCAGGGGUGCAUAACGAACACUGAUCUUUCAUUCUAA